AUGGGUGUCCUUGAUUGGAAUGAAAUGGCCCAGGUGCCCGCCGAGCUGAUACUGCUACCCGCGUCUGCGCCCGUUAGCAUCUAUGCGUUUAGCUACUGGUCCCGCGUCACGGCCGUCCCCAUUAUGAUUCUGAGGCAUCACCGGCCCGUGUACCGCAUUGUGCCCGAAGGAUUCCUUGAUGAGCUCUACGUGGACCCCGACGACAAACAUCUGCGUUUCACACCUCCCUUGGGAACUCUGUGGCGGGACGGCGAAAAGGGGAGAUUCUGCGGCAGCCUUGCUGACAGGGCAUUGGGUAUCCUGGAUCCAAUUCUGAGACGUGUGCCCAUGACGAGACCAUAUGCGCUUUCCUGCUGCGUGCGAUAUAUUCUGGACCACUUGGAUGCCGGCGGCUACGGCGCUUUCUGGAAUUCCAAUUUUGCCGCCGUCAUGGCACUUCAUGCUGAAGGAUUCUCGGCACAACAUCCAGCCGUCCAGCAUCUUUUGACGGCCAUUGACACAUGCCUGUGGGAAGACACCCUUGGUAUCAGAAUGCAGGUCACCAUUGGUCCUGUUUGGGACACGGCCCUUAUGGCCAUGGGGCUGCUCGAGACAGGCCUUGCCGAUAGUAGAAUGGAGUUGACAGCGCAGUGGUUCAAAUCACGCCAGAUACUAGAGACACAAGGCGAUUACCGUGUCCGCAACCAAAUGCUAGCACCGGGAGGAUGGCCCUUUCAAUAUUGCAACAGCCACUAUCCAGACACUGACGACACCCUCGUGGCGUUAAUGACCAUCAUCAUGCACACUCCUUCAGACGUCACUUCGCAAUCAUGCAUCCGGGCUAUUGACUGGUUACUCGGUAUGCAAUGCUACGACGGCGGCUGGGCAUGUUUCGACUUGAACAACGACCAUCGGUACCUCAAUCUGUUUCCUUUUGGCCAGGGCAAUCAAUUCUAUGAUCCUAGCGUACCCGAUAUCACGGGCCGGAUUCUGGAAUGCCUGGGCAUGGUGCUGUCUAUUCUGUCUUCCCCGGCCACAAAACGUGGUUCCACAUUCGUGAAUACAUUUCACUACCAACGUAUCCAGCAAGCAUGCCGUAGAGGUAUUUUGUUUUUGGACUCUGUACAAGAAACCGGGACAGGCAUCUGGGGUAGCCGGUGGCACAUCAACUAUCUCGACGGGACGAGUAGUGUACUGUGCGGCUUGAUGAGUGUGCGAGUCUUCUUCGAGGACGACCAACAAAUCAAGGAGACUAUUGAAAGAAUGAUUGUAUGUCCGUUGGCGUGGCUCAAGUCGACACAAAAUGCAGACGGUGGGUGGGGCGAGGAUGUCGCAUCGUACAGCGAUGCCACAAAGGCUGGACGCGGUGUGAGCACGCCGACGCAGACUGCUUGGGCUCUCAUGGGGCUCUUGUCACACCUGCCGCCCACGGAUAGCGCCGUGAUAAGAGGUGUUCAAUAUCUGGUCAAGACACAGACGGGCAGUCCAGUGAGCGAGGAGGUUGGCGCAGGGAUUGGUGCUGGACCCGGAGCCACUUGGACGCAAAAGGAGUAUGUCAGUGUGGGUUUCCCAGAUAUCCUGUGGUUGGACUAUGCCAGUUCUCGACAUGGGUACCCUAUGAUUGCGCUUGGGCGAUGGCUACACGAGAUGAAGAGAAAGUCUUGA